ACGCGCGGCGUCCGACCAGCUUUUCUCGCUUUCGUCGAGAAGAAGCGACCUCGCGAGGUCACACAAGCGGAUUCACGUCUCGCUUCGUUCGAAACCAAAUCUCUUGAGAAUAAACCCCGAUCGAGAAUAAAAAUUUCACUGCGUUUUAUUUCAAAAGCGACAAUCGGAUAUAAAAAUAAAUUAAAAUCGUUUUCGUGAAUAUAAUUGUGAACGACUUGGAGAAGCGCUCUGUGACAAGAGAAAGAAUCUUUUCGAGUAACGUUGAUGUCCGUGAAUGGACGUCGAAGUAUUAGAUUCAAGCUUGGAAAAAAAUAUACUCUGUGGCUGAAUAAAUUCUUAUUUAGUGAAAGUUGGGAGUGGAAACAAUAAACAUCAUUUUUUCUCUCAUAUCUGAAUAAAGUGAGACGAAAAAAAAUUGAGUGGAUCGUAACAAAGAAAUUAUGCUCUGUUAAAGCGAAGAAAGUUCUGAUUUUUAUAAACAGACGAAUUAAUAAAAUAGUCGAAUAGUUAAUCUUAUUCGACAUUGAUCUGAAAAUAAAUCACAUAAAUGAAUAAGUAAUGAAGCAAUCGUAAAAAAAAGUGUAUAAAAACUAAUAAAAGUGUAAAAAUGCAAUCAUGGUGGAAAUUUUUAUGGUCUCGCAAAUAAAUGAAACGAGAGAUUAAAAUUCCUUUGUACGCUCUUUUCUGGCUCUUGCGGCAAGAAGCUAAAGUGCCGAGAAACGUAUUUGAAACGCGCAUUUUCUUUUCAUAAUAUUUAUACGAUCGAAUGUUUAUGAAAUGAAGCAACACUUUGCUUGCGCCAUCAAUUUGUAGAUUGCAUUUGCAUCUAUCGAAGCGUCUACAAACAAAUCAGACAAGGGGCAAUUAUUGUCGAACAAAGAGAUCCAGAUCUCUUCGAGUAAAUUAGAGUAAAUGAAACCAACACUAGUGGCAUAAGAAGAAUAUGCAGUGUAAAUUUUUUUUUUUUAUUUAAAAACGUUCAAUACGAAUGAUGUGAAGAAACUCUUAUUAUCAAGAUAGACAAUAUCAAAAUUCUAUAUACGAUUUCCUUUUUACCUUGUUUUAAGAAAAUGAAAAAAGUAGAAAUAGGAAAGCUUAGGAAAAUAUAAAAACUGUGCAAGUCACAAAUUAUAUAAAUUUUUUUAGGAAUACCGCCGCAUUAUAACGUGCACGCGACAAGAUGUGACAACGUCAUUAAAUUUCCAAUUGUCAUCCGUUGACAGAAUAUUAAUCGUUACGUUCCGUGCAAUCUGAUCUAGACCUCGCAUCUCUUCAUCCAGAAUAUCCAAUGGCGGAGGACAAUUCCGAGGAAUCCGUGCCCGAAGUCGAGAGAAAACUCGACAGACCGAGCCGUCCGCGAGAUCAAAGAGGAGCUGUCAAGGUCAAGGACAAGCCCGAGGAUACUCGACUUCCGACCCCGCCUCCGGAUCCACAGUGUUUGCCGAUCGCGCGGGAUCCCGCGGGAGUGACGUCUCGCGGUCCCGAGGAAGAGGAAGAGGAUCUCGCGACUUAUCUCAGCGAGCUGGGCGCGUCGCCGUUCGAGGGCCACUCGUUCGAUUACGAUACCACACCGAAUUCGACGACCUCGGCGAUGGGGGGCGACGCGGGCCCCGAGGAGGCGUUCGAGCAUCUGGACCGGUUGUGCGCGCUGACGGAGCAGAUCCUGGAAUUGCGCGAUCGCAGCUCCAAGUUCUUCCGGCGCGUGCGAGGACUGGAGCGCGCCAAGGUGCAGAGAAACGCCGAUCGGCGGCUGGAGAUUGCGUUGACGAACGAUGAGGAGGAGCUGCUCCGCGAUUUCGCCGACGAGGACACCGGUUUCGCGGAGUCGCUGUUAGACGCGAUGCUGUCGAAUUGUCGGGACGCCGCGUCGACGCCGAGAAGGGGUGAACGUUUGAGCGUGCGAUCGCCCUCGUCGUCGAGACAGCGAAGCCGAUCGCUCGCGCUGGCCGAGCCGAAUCUCACCUCGAACCUGGUCGAGCGAGCGGCCGAGGCGGGGGAUAAACGAGGCUCAUUUGCGAGAAACGCGAGUCGUAACGGCGGCCCUAAAGUAAGCAAAUGGACCAGAGUAAAGGCGGCCUUCAAAUGGGAGCGCGCGUGCACCAACGAUCUCGCGGAUAUCGCGGAAUCGUGCACGUCGGUGACAGCGUCGUCCACGCCAACGACGAGGUAUCUGAGGAUCCCGGACGCGAUCACCGCCGGAAAUUGGAGCACCGGACCGACGCUGUCGUCCUGUACCAGCGAAGUCUCCAGCCCGUCCACGCCGAUCGGCAGAGUAUCACCUGCAUCGUCAUCCAACGAGGAAGUAUUUGAUGAUUCGCGCAAAAAUAUUGUAAAUUACCCGGACCGACAAUUGCCACUCGUGAAAGAUGACAGAAAGAAGGACGAUCUAGAUCGUCCGGCUCGAUCACUUGAUCGCGAUACUCUCAUAACAGAGAGUAUCGGUUCCGUAGAAUCUCCGAGUGAGGUAAAUCGUAGUAAACCGCUGAUUCGCAUUAUAUCGGAUGCGGACGCGACGAUGCACGGUGCAAGCGGAGGCGGAAGGGAUCCAGAAGUAUCACCGAAGCGACCGACGCCGAUUCUGACGAUUACGAUACCGUCAAACGAGGAAGAAAUCAGAAGCUUAUCCUCCCCGGAAUCCAUAUCUCCUCUUCCCUCGAGCACGCAGGAUUCCGGCGGAAGCUCGCCGCAACGUCCCAAGAUGCGCCAGGACACAUCGAGUCCGAGGGAAUUUAAACGACAGCAUUCGACGAUCGAGGAAGCGGUAACGCAAGUGCCAAAGAUACAGCGACAAGAUUCGAAAUGGAACAAGGUCAGACGUGCUUUUCUGACAAAUGCCACCUUCAGCGUUCCACCGAGCCCGGUCAGAAUGAUCGCCACGCAAUCAUUCACGAACGAUGAUACGCGCCGAGCUCGCAGCUGUAGCGAAAGCGUCGAGGAUCUCGGUAAAACCGUUACAGGUAUCAGCAGCAACUACAACAACAACAAUAAUCACUGUCGGGAGCGGGAAGCGCGCAGAGAUUAUCAGGCAUUGCGGGAGAAGUUCGGGGCCGAGUUCCACCGGAAGCUGGUCGAGUGGGAGUGCCUGAAGAGCGCGCGAAACGCUCAUGAUGGUCUGCCGUUGAACGAGGAACGUCUGGCGCCCGAAUUCCGGAAGAAGCUACAGGAUUGGAAGCGGAUGAAGAAGAGUCGACGAUCCGGUGCGGCCAUCGAGCAGCAGCGUGUCAGUCGUCGACGGUUGACUGACUGGCAACUCUGGCGUUCCUCUUCAUCCAAACCCGAACUCAGAUUUUAUAAUAAAAAUCAGAACUCAAUCGGUUCGCGCGGAAGCUGCGCGAGUAUCGGUAGCGUGGGGAGCUUCGGCAGCGAUGGAAAACAGCAUCUCUGCGAGGAUUUUAUUAAGCGGAUGGAGGCGUGGAGGAGGAUGAGCGAGGCCGCGUGUCGAAGCGGCGAGACACCGAAAUCGCCUACGAAUCGUGUCGCAUUCGAUACCAUCGACGAAACGGAGUUUUUCACUUUAGAAAAGUUGCUGUUGCUGUUUGGACAAAGGAUCGGGAAGGAACGUCGUGAGAGCGACGCGAGACAACUGAAUGAUUGCUUUGACGGCGACUCGAGAUUGAUGGCUAUGUCUCGAGGCGUAAACUGUGGCAAGGAAGUGUUGAUUCGCACAUCCGUUGGAUCUUACCGUUUCGAGGGCAUAUCCCGAGAAUUCACAAGGAAAUUAUACGAUUGGGAAAAGUAUCGCGGGAUAUCACCUAGAUCCUCCACGUUUCGUCUGUUGGGGCCAGGUUAUACGCCGUUCACGCAAAAUUUGGACGAAGCUACGUUGACAGAAUCCCCAAAUACGGCGGGAAAGAAUCGUGCAUUCCACUGGACCCUAAAAAGAUCCAAGUCUGACGGCAGCGUCUUCGAAGGCAGUCUUCGCGACGAAUCAUUCACAGUGCGUCGAUCCACGAGUCUCCAGUCUUUAAUCUCUGCGGACAAGCUCGAAGAUGACACUCGAAUAAACAGUUUGCCAGUUUCAAAUAAUUCACAGGGAAUCAAGGAUCCCUCGGAAGACAUUGCAAUUGAGGAUUCCGAGCCGGAAGCGAUGAUCGUUGACAUCGAGGACGUUAUCGAAGAGACUGCCAGUCCUUUGACCGGGGUACAACCCCAUCAGACGCCGGUGUACUCUGUCGCGGCCAGCGAAACCACCAGCAUCGCCGUCCCUCUCGGUACAGUCACAUCCAGCCACGAGCCGUCGCCGGUGUUUUUGGUCGAGGCCGAAGGUGAUGAAAAUUGUAAACCAUGGAAUAGCAGAAAAUGGAUCGGUCUAGGAGCUCGUUCGAGUGAGAAUAGUCCGAGUCCGGAAUGCUGUUCGCUAUCGGAGGGCUGGCGCAAGAAAGUGAUAUUUUUGGAUGAAGAGAGAUCGAGCUGGGAACCAUCGUGCGAGAGGGACAACAAGGAGGAUCAAGGAUUCACAGGAUGGACCGAGAAAACACGUUGUCCUUCGAUCCAAGAUUUUGGCGAAAUCUCUGUAAAAUCCGAACGAUCGAUUGGAUGGAGUCGAGAUACUUGGGACGAGUCGUGCGAUGAAGCGAAUAGAGACUCGAUUACACUCGAAUUGCCCCUUACGCCGAUCUACGAGAGUAAAAACGAUACGAAAAAGCAAGAGCCUUCUUUCGAAAAUGACAACCUCGAAUCUGAUGCGUACUUUGCGAAUAAUUUGGAAACUAUAUCGACGACCUGGAAUGCGGAAGAAUUAAUGCUCAAACUUUAUGGAAAAGUAAGUUUUAUCAUAGCGCAAUUGAAAUUAGCGUCCUGUCGGUACAACCAGGACUCGCCGCGCACGUGGACCAAGGAGAUGAACGAAACGGGAAAGAUCGAGGAUUUAGCAGACGAGUCAUCGAAUAAUGGGCAGACGAGCGAUGCAGAGGACCUUCAAGAUGAUAAGAACAAUCAAGAGACCAAAAAAGAAAAAAUAAUUCUCAGCACAGAUUUUUGCACUUAUCAAUUGACAGAACCGAUAUCAGAUCGCCAGGAUUCCACGGAAACUUUAUCGAAAUUAUCGAAAUCAAAUUUAGACGAUAACAAAGCUAUGUCGGAAUCCAGCCGCAAUCUUAAUAUUGAAAACGAGACUUCAACACAUUACGAGAAUUGCAGUUCUCCCGAGCUGCAGACCGAUGUCGAUCGACACUACGAAAUUCUCACAUUUAAAACAGACACGUGCGUCGAUACGACGAACAAUCACUUAUACGAACCGAUCGAUUGUCAGGAAGAAGUACGCGGUUCCUCUUAUGACAACAAAAAUAACUGCGUAAGAGAAAGUCUUUUGUCAUCAAAGUUAACAGCAAUGGAAAGAUCUAAUCUUUCGGAAACUCCGAAAAGCUUCUUGAUCAAUUCGAUCGUUCGGACUGUACCGAUGAUCAUCUCUAGAGACAGCGAGGAGCGCGGUUUGGAGAAAAUUCUGAUCAACGAGGAGACAUUGAACAAAAUAAUCGUUCCCACAACAAGUCUGGAGAACGGAAUGAAGAGUACAGAGAGAAUCGGAAAUCGCUUCGCAAGUGUGGAUCGCUCGGAUGAAGUCAUCGGGAAUCAAUCGAGCGAUCGCGAUCCGUCUGCGAGGAUCACGACUCACGACAACCAGACUGAUUGUAUCAAGAAGGACGGUUUCUCCUCCAGGAACGUUUUUAUCAAGACCAAACGAGUGAUAUUCAAUCCAUUUCGCCGCUCGGAGGACCGAGCAUCUUCGAGAAAGGAGAGCGACGGCUCCAUCGACGAUCGGCUUCGACGUUCGUCGAAAUCUAAAAGCAAAUCGAGGUCGGCGUCGCCCAAAUUGUCUCGACAGGAUGCUUUAUUUCGCGUAUCUUUGUCCUUACCGUGGCCUCUACGCUCCAACUCCAAGGACAGCGAGAUUCCCUCCGAAGCUGAGUCCAGAAGAAGCUCGGGAAGCAGAACGGAAGAUGUAAUCACGGUACAGCAAAAAAAUUUGCCAAGAAAAUACGAAGAAAGCCUAAAUAAUAAAAAAAUCAACGAUCGGCUAACUGAGGAAAAGGCACUGUCAUCAAUUGAUAUAAAUCAAGAAAAAAUUCAUCCCUCGGAUACAAAGUUUGUGACCGCGCCAAUGGAUAUGUUCGGGACGACUUCUACACGAGUUUCUGAACGAUCAGAUCGAUCAAGAACAACGUCGAUUGAGCAAGACCGAGGCAGUGAAACGCAGAACGAUGAAGAACGCAAUAAAGUCAAAUGUAAUCGAGUAAAUUUUGAAGGAAAACAAAGCGACGAAGGAAAAUUCAAUCAAAAACAAAACGAAAGGAAGCAAGGAGAGAUCGAAUUCGGCCAAAGGCAGGACGAAGCGAGGCAGCAGGAUGAGAGUCACGCGAAAUGCGACGCGGUAUCAUCCGACUUGAUGCACAAGCUUAGAAUACUUUCGGAUGCUGCGGCGAGAAGGGAGGGCCGAGUGACGGAAUCUCUCAUAAUCAGCGGUCCGGAGUCGCGUUCCUCCAGGAUACGUCGCGCUAAGGAGAGCUUCCUGUCACAUCGAGGUGGUCCUUUCUGUCGCUCCAUGAUGGAGUCCACAGAAGCUGCGGAUCCUUGGAGACGUCCCACGGCGACGUCCCCUCAAAUAUCGCCUGAAACAUUGAAGGCGAAUGAGAUUAAAAUGAUUACUGCGGAGUCCGAAGAGAUACAAAACGCGAGAAGUCGAGCGGAAAUGGCGUCCGCGCAAGACGAGGUCGCCUCUUUGAGCGAGGACAGAGUCGAUGAGUGCCAGGAGAAAGAUCUCGCGAUCGAUGCCGAUGUUCGAUCGGAAUCGCUGGUGAAAUCGGCGAGCGCCGGUAUGAUUAACGUGGAUCCCAAUACAUUCGACCAGCUAGUUACGACCGAUCGCGGAUGCGAGUCCUUGCCGAGGAGGAUCGCGAAGCGUCGCGACUCCUCGGGGCCGCUGGCGAAGAUCGUCAGCAAGCUGAGAUUGUCACGGCUGAUUCGCGCCAGGAACGUCGACGGUGGCGGCAUGAGCACGAUCUCGACGCUGUGCAGGCAGAGUUUAUUGAUUGACAUGAGUGGCGAGAAUCGACGGAGCAACGAACAUGAAUCUAAGAAGGAUUCGGUAAAAGAUAAAGAUAAGGACGAUGAUCAUUCAGGUGAAUCUUCUUAAAAUAAUACAUAAACAUAGUUUUAAUCUUAUUAUAUUAUUUAUGUAAUAUUUAUGGAUUUGUAAAUUUUUCAAAUUUAUUUCUUAAAUUUGUUUUGGUCCUGCAGCAACGAGAAGGUAAUCUUGAGUAAUAGACAAGCUUUUAUCAAUCGGAUGUCAAUCGAUGUUUCAGUUAAUAUAUUCAUUAACGAAAAUCUAAAAACGCUAAUAAUCAAUGUAUAAGCAAUUAAAACUAAACAAUUUUUCGCAAAUUACACUUUUAGACUCGUUAAUAAAUAAUAAGACACAAUUUUUAUAUUCAUAACACGAUUCAUUAUGACAAAAUCACGUGGAAUUAAAAUAAAAAGCAAUUAAAAAAAAA